AUGAUUUGUGUCUUGUUAUAAAAACUAAAGAACUGUGCAUCCAAUUAACUAAAAAAAACUCUUUAUUUUUUUUGUCUGUACCUGGAUAUGUAGCUGCUACAGGUGAGUUUAAAAGUUUCCUCUCUCGUGUGUGUUGGUCUUCAAAUGGAACAAGAGAUCAUUGGGCAAAUAUCAACCAUUAGUAAAGUAUGAAAAGCACACUUUCCAAAAAUACCACUGAGAGCUAGCAAUGUGCCUUGCUCAUUCAUACCCAGAUUAAAUCAUUGAAAGAGUAAAUGACUUUUUUCUAUCAAGGACCAGUGUUGUCUGAAGGACAUGGGGACUAUCAGGCAGUGAAAGAGGGCAGACUGAUUCGUUACACCUGUUUCCUUAGCGAUGAGAGCAGCUCUGCUGAUCCAGCGGUGGUACCGCCAGCACGUCGCACGCAUGGAGCUGAGACGAAGGUGCACCUGGAACAUCUUUCAGUCCAUCGAAUACGCAGGGGAGCAGGACCAGAUCAAGGAAACUUGAUCUCCCACAUCUUCAGGGAAAAUGAGGUCUGUCGUGACACUGAAUGGGAGAGGUGCUUCAGCUACAUCAACAUUGAGCUGCCAGAAUUCUACUCUGGCCCCCGGCUCACUUUCCCACUCACAGUUACUCAUGCGGCUGACCUGGUGGAGGCCUUCAGAAACAAGCAACAGCUCCAUACAAGAUAUGUCCUCCAGCUUCUCUUGGAGACUUGGAAACUUCUGACGAUUCUACCAAACAUCAAUCGUGUCUCCACCUGCCAAAGCAAGGAAAUCAUCAUCUGUGGAGACUUACAUGGGCAACUGGAGGAUUUGCUGUUCAUAUUCUACAAGAAUGGUUUGCCAUCUGUGGAGAAGCCGUAUGUCUUCAAUGGGGACUUUGUGGAUCGAGGCAGGGACUCCAUUGAGAUUCUCCUCAUACUGUUUGCAUUUCUGCUGGUCUAUCCCAAUGACAUUCACCUCAACCGAGGGAACCACGAGGACCACAUUAUGAAUCUAAGGUACGGCUUUACCAAGGAAGUGUUGGUGAAGUAUAAGCUCCAUGGCAAAAGAAUUUUGAAGCUGCUUCACAAGAUCUUCAGCUGGUUACCCCUGGCAACCGUGAUAGACCGAAAGGUGUUGAUCGUCCAUGGUGGAAUCUCUGACACCACUGACCUCAGUGUCAUUGCCAAAUUGGAGAGACACAAAUAUGUUUCGACGUUCAGACCGCCGGAGAAGAAGAAGAAGCAGGAGUCCAUAGACCUGGACAGCAAGGAUGCCUCUUUUGGUUCCAAGGGGGGAGGCAGCCGACAGAGACUGUGCUCCCUCACCCACAGCAGCCCCCGGCGCUCGCUGCAGGACCUGUGCAGUCGCGUGCACCGCUCCGUGGACGAGGAGCUGAAGGAGCAGCGCAGGCAGGCUGGACUCGGCCUGUCCCACGGACACCUCCACGACUACCUCUCCCCCGACUCUGACUCCGACUCCUGCAAGUCACAAGAGGCUAAUGCUGACGAGUGGAAACAGAUCGUGGACCUGCUGUGGAGCGACCCCAUGUCCCAGAACGGCUGCAUCUCCAACGAGGUCCGAGGCGGCGGGUGCUACUGGGGUCCCGAUGUGACCGAGGGGGUCCUGGGAAAGCACAACAUCCAGCUGCUCAUCCGCUCCCACGAAUGCAAGCAGGACGGCUACGAGUUCUGCCACAACCGCAGGGUCCUGACAAUUUUUUCUGCUUCCAAUUACUAUGAAGUGGGGAGCAACCGAGGAGCCUACGUCAGGCUAGGCCCAGAUUUGGUUCCACAUUUCAUUCAAUACCAGGCCAACCGUUCGACCCGCAAACUUACCCCGAGGCAAAGCGUGGGUCAGACUGAACGAUCUGCACUACGGGCCCUGAGGGAGAAACUCUUUGCACACAAGUCAGACCUCAUCAGUGCCUUCCAGGAAUUUGACAUGGAGAAAACAGGGUGGAUUUCUCUGAACAACUGGGCAGCUGCGGUGAAGAACGUUCUGCGUCUGGACCUCCCCUGGAGGGUCCUGCGGUCCCAGCUGGUGACCAGCGCACAGGACGGCCAGCUGGACUACCACAGCUGGUUCAAUGAGCUGGCCAUCAAGGAGCCCAACAUCGAGAUCCCACACCAGAACUUGCUGGAGACCAUGUACAGGCACCACUCCAACCUUGAGACAAUCUUCAGGAUCAUAGACACAGACCACUCAGGCCUCAUCUCCCUAGAGGAGUUUCAUCAAACAUGGAAGCUUCUUAGCACUCACCUGAACAUAGAGAUAAGCAACGAGGCCAUCGCUGACCUCGUAGCCAGCAUAGACUUCAACAAGGAUGGGAGCAUCGACAUCAACGAAUUCAUGGAGGCCUUCCGAUUGGUGGACAGGUCCAGGGCAGAGAUGGAGUGACCUUGUUUGUGAUCAACCCCAAAGAGCUACAGUGGUCCAAAAGCCACCUGUGAAACCAAUCCAUGUGAAGGACCCAGCACCUAGAACUCACUUUUAAGUUGGUCACUGACCAUUCAUUUUCCCAUUCAAACUCUGUUUGUGAACUGCUAAAAUCAACAUAAAUCCAAAAGACCACCAGGAGACCUUAUCUAUUAUAGACUGGAGCAAGGAAUAGGAAGCUUGCAAUGCAACAUAUGCAAAAAAAAACAAAAAAAACAAAAACAAAAGUACCAUACUAGAGAAACCAGCAGCAUGCAUCUCCAAAAAGUGGAUUUAAUGGUUGAAUUAUCCUUGAGGUGCAUUUCUGCGAUUCGUGUAGAUUCUGCACUAGGAUUAUAUGCAAAUGGCAGUAGUAAGAGAAUAAUCUUGUAAGCACAGGGAUAUCCCAGUGCAUCAGGAAGCAAAUGAAUAUUAAAGCACAGUGGGAUAUUUAAUACACACUGAGAACAGCCUGUAAAGUCUAGGUUUGCCAUUAUUGGUGCUAAUUAAAGUCUUCUCUUCAGCUGCAUUUAAAAAAAACAUGUGGGGAAACCAUGAGCUGGAGUUGUCAUUUAAAGUCUGUUUCUCUUUUGUUCCGGAA